CGUCAGCCACGAUGUCUGGAGGUACCAACGCUGGGCUUUCUGGGACCAGUCAGUCUGGCUCCUUGGCAGUCGCACAGCGGAAAAAAGACAGUAGUCCUUCCGCGAGGUUUUGGGAGAGCCACGACACCUUAGCCCAACUGGAGGUUGUGCGACAGUGGAUCGGGAAGCACUACAAAAAGUAUGUGGCGGUAGAUGCUCCAUCCUGUCAGGCUCUGGCUACUGUGACCCUGCAACUUCUCCAGUUCCAAGAAGAGACAUUUGGCAGGCAGGUGACCAACCCUGCUCUAACCAAACUACCUGCGCAAUGCUUUUUGGACCUGCAACCAGGUGGUGGACUCUGCCACAUUCUCGGCUCUGCCUACAAGUUCAAGGCUGAACAGGGCUGGCGUAGGUUUGACUUGCAGAAUCCGUCAAGGACUGAACGCAAUGUUGAGAUGUUUAAUACAAUGGAGAGGGCACUGAUCCAGAACAAUUGCCUGACACGUCCAGUGGUGUACCUGGACACUGCAUUGGAGCAGGAGCUGAUCACCAGAUUGACAGGCAUCAUUAUUAAGCACCAGGGUUCAGUGACUGAGGACCGAACGCUUGCCAGUCACCACAUCUUUCCUUCACCAGCCUGCAUUGAGGAAGAUGAAUGGAUGCGUCCUGUUGUCCGGAAAGACAAGCACGUCCUGGUACACUGGGGCAUGCACCCUGACAGUUAUGACAGUUGGCUGCCUUCAAGUGAUGUGGAGGGAGAGGUCGAAGAGCAACCCCAUCCAGAGAGACCUUGGAGGGUCCAUGCUGGCUGGGUUCUGGACACAGAUGCUUUUAACGAGUGGAUGAAUGAGGAAGACUACCACGUUAAUGACAGACAUGUACCUCUCGUUCUCCGUAGGCGUAUCCAUGUUCGGGAUGAUCAGGAUCAAAAGUCAAACCCUGCCAAGAAGAGAAGGCGCUCCCCCUCUCCUCCCUCCUCAGAAGGCAGAAAGAAGGGAAAAAAGGGGAGGAGACGUGACCAACGGGAGGAGGAGCCAGAGGAGGAUCUAACCAAAGACAUGGAGGACCCGACCCCUGUUCCUAACAUGGAAGAGGUCAUCUUGCCCAAAAACGUCAACCUGAAGAAAGACAGCGAGAACACUCCUGUCAAAGGAGGAACCAUGGCUGACCUAGAUGAACAAGAGGAGGACUUCCCAGGAAGGGAAGAUGAUGACGGUCGAGGGGAGCUGUCUCGUCUGUCAGAGGCAGACGAUAACAUCACAGAACAGACGCAUCACAUCAUAAUACCCAGCUACGCAUCCUGGUUCAACUAUAACAGCAUCCACCAGAUAGAGAAACGUGCGCUGCCAGAAUUCUUCAAUGGAAAGAAUAAGUCAAAAUCGCCAGAGAUCUUCCUGGCGUACCGAAAUUUCAUGAUUGACACAUACAGACUGAACCCUCAGGAGUACCUCAGCUCAACUGCUUGUAGGCGCAACCUCACUGGAGAUGUUUGCGCUGUGAUGAGGGUGCAUGCUCUGCUAGAACAGUGGGGUUUGGUGAACUACCAGGUGGAUGCAGAGAGUAGGCCCCUUCCCAUGGGGCCGCCACCCACCCCUCAUUUCAACGUGUUGGCUGACACGCCAUCUGACCUUGCACCUCUCCAGCACAAACCUCUGCAGGUUUCUGCCUCCCAGCACAUGUUGUACUUCCCAGAGAAGAGCAGAGAGAAGCCUUCAGACUGUCAGAACUUUGGCCUGCGCACUGACAUCUAUGCCAAAAAACACCCCAAGAGCAAAGGAGCAAGCGCAGGAAGGGAGUGGACAGAGCAAGAGACGCUCUUAUUAUUAGAGGCUUUAGAGGUCUAUCGGGAUGACUGGAACAAGGUGUCAGAACAUGUGGGAUCCAGGACCCAGGACGAGUGCAUCCUCCACUUCCUCCGUCUACCGAUUGAAGAUCCGUACCUGGAAGACUCUUCUGCCUCCCUCGGCCCACUGGCCUACCAGCCUGUGCCUUUCAGCCAAUCAGAAAACCCUGUGAUGAGCACAGUGGCUUUCCUGGCAUCUGUGGUGGACCCACGAGUGGCGUCUGCUGCUGCGAAGGCUGCCCUGGAGGAGUUCUCCCGAGUACAGGAGGAGUCCAUAGAGAAAAUACCUGCAGAAUCAAACCAGGCUGAAAAGACAGAGUCCACGGAUGUGGAAAAAAUGGAGACAAAUGCCACCUCCCAUCAGGUCUCUGCCAGGUUGGAGGGGUUCGAGGACAAAUCCAGUAGGGUAAAGUCAGAGGGAGAGCAAGUCAAGAGGGAGAACCCCGAUGGCACCCUCACAGAGGAGAGAGAUGGCAGGGGAGAUGAGGAAGAGAGUGUGGGGAGGAGGGAAGGAGAGGGGGAUGAGGGCAAGAGAGCAAUGGAGCUGGAGCUGGUGGAGGGCAGCGUUGCCACAGCAGCAGCUGCCGCUCUGGCAUCAGCUGCCACAAAGGCCAAGCACCUGGCGGCAGUGGAGGAGAGGAAGAUAAAGUCACUGGUGGCCCUGCUGGUGGAAACCCAAAUGAAGAAGCUGGAGAUCAAACUGAGGCACUUUGAGGAGCUGGAAACUAUCAUGGACCGUGAGAAGGAGGCUCUGGAGCAACAGAGGCAGCAACUGCUCUCGGAGAGGCAGACCUUCCACGCUGAGCAACUAAAGCAUGCAGAAAUGAAGGUUCGCCAGCAGAGGGAGCAGCAGGGGCAGGGUGGAUACACAACGCCUCACUCAGGCCAGUCUAUGCCCAGUCGGGUGAUGCCUGGUGGGGGAAACACCCAGACCAUGACUCCUCGCCACCCUGGGGCUCCCAAUGGCAUGUACCCGUCCUCACAGCCUGAUGGGAUAGCAACUCCCCAGCCAGGUCCUCCUGCUUCUAGCCACAGCUGAGCAUGCCAGAUACAAGACACAUGCUUCAGUUGUUGAAAACACUGCAUACACAUUUUAAAAAAAACACACACACACAAAGAGUACCAUACACGUUCAUAGAUGUACAUAUACAGCUGUUUUAAAUUCAGUCAUCUGUAACCAUUUAGUAACAUACAGUAUUUCCAUUUGUUCACAUACUGAACCUCCUGCACAGUGACACACCAACACAAUUGAUUUGUUUUUGGUCAGUUGCUUAGCCUGUCUGAUUUCUGUGGAAUAUUUUGUGUCUGACUCCUGAGUUGAGGAGAAUACUGCAGCUUGCACUCGGCUCAUUAAACUUGCUUUAUAUGAAAUGA